AUGGCUGCCACUUUCUCAGUCUCUCAGACAUCUUCCAUUGCAUUAAACUUGAAGAAAUAUGGAUCUCCACUUUCCAAAUCCCUCCCAAAACCCUACAUUGAGUCCUUCCAACUUCAAAACACCAAGAAAAGUCCUCCUCCUCCUCCUAAGAAUUUUCCUCAAACUAAAACUGUACCGGGCUCCUCAUUUAAUUUCAACAAGUCGUCCUUUUUGUCGCGGAUUAACACUCUCAAUAAACCUCCAAAAGUCUCAGCAUCCACUGAAACUGUAGUGGAGGAGAAACUUGUAGAGGCAGACAAACUCGCGGUUUCUUUGAUUCGCUUAUUGCCGGAGAAAAUCCAGCCAUACGCUUACCUAGCUCGGUUGCACCGGCCAAUCGGGGCGGUUUUAAUCGCGUGGCCAUGCAUUUGGGCAAUAGCUCUGGCAGCGGAACCUGGAUCCUUGCCGGAUUGGAAGAUGGUGGCUUUAUUCUCCUUGGUGGCUUUCUGGACCAAAAAUAUUGCCUGCACCAUUAAUGAUUAUUUCGAUAAGGAUUUUGAUUCACAGGUUGAGCGAACAAAAGGAAGGCCUAUUGCGUCUGGGGCUAUUACAGGACUUCAAGCACUUAUUUUCCUUGGUAUUCAAUUGGUACUCGGUUUUGCCUUUCUUCAGCCAGUAAACCAACUAAGCCGUUUAUUAUGGGUUUCUUGGUUGCCAUUGAUAUUUACAUACCCACUCAUGAAAAGAGUAACCUUCUGGCCUCAAGCCCAUCUUGGAUUUAGUGCCAACUGGGGAGUUUUGUGUUCUUGGGCGGCUAUUAGAGGAUCUCUUCAACCUGCAAUUGUCUUCCCACUCCUCAUUGGUUGCUUCUUCUGGAUGCUUAUUAUUGAUACAAUUUAUGCCCAUGAGGAUAAAACAGAUGAUGUGAAAGCGGGAGUCAAAUCUACAGCAUUGUUUUUAGGGGAUUCAACAAAGCUCUGGAAUAUUGUCUUUGGAGUUGCAUCAAUUGCUAGUUUUGCACUAAGUGGAUUCAAUGCUAAUAUUGGAUGGCCGUUUUACGCACUUAUGCUUCCUGCUGCCGCUCAAUUCGCUUGGCAAAUUUGGACGGUUGAUUUAGACAACCCAGCAGAUUGUGACAGAAAGUUCCGAUCAAAUGAAUAUUUUGGAGCCAUUGUCUUCAUUGCCAUUUUAUUCGGAAAGUUAUUUUCCUAG